GUGUGUGUGUGUGUGUGUGUGUGUGUGUGUGUGUGUGUGUGUGUGUGUGUGUGUGUGUGUGUGUGUGUGUGUGUGUGUGUGUGUGCGCGUGUGUUUGCGCGCGCGCAUGUGAGAGAGAGAUGGCAUCGCGGCUCUGGGUUCGAGAUCUUGAGGAGUCCGACUGAAGUGAGGAGAGAGGCCGGACUGGAGCGACAGGACGGGAGAGACAGGUCGACGGACAGACAGGUCGCUCGGUUGAGGAUAAACAUCAACACACAGCAGACUGGAGCGACGCGCGACGCGCAGGGAGACCGAACGAGACGCGCAGGAAGACCGGACCAGACGCGCAGGGAGACCGGACCAGACGCGCAGGGAGACCGGGGCGACGCAUAGGGAGACCCAGCCAGACGCGUCUCUCGCCGGAGACCUGGACCGGGUUCUGGGGAGACUUUGAACCUGCCUACGGACGUUCAGCGGUCCGAAGAGCGAUUCUUUUUUCAGUAGAUAUUGGGAACAGAGAGCAGCUGAAUCUUGGAUCUUUACGGAGAAUUUUUCGUUCCGGUUCGGACGGAACAUCGGGAGGAUGCGCGGGCUUUUUCUGGGAGAAUAGAGCGGCUUAUUUGGGUAAUAUGGCUAACGGAGGAGAUGCGUUCGGCCUCCCCGAUCGUCCGGACUCGGACCCGGAUUCCCCAAAAGACAACAAAAACGAGAAUCCUCCAAUCAGGAGCCGGCCCGCCUCACCUCAGAGCACGUGCAACCAGGGGAUGGAGGGGGUGAAGGUGUUUCUCCAUGAAGCUGAGCUCUGGUCGAAGUUCGACGAGGUGGGGACGGAGAUGAUCAUCACGAAGGCCGGGAGGAGGAUGUUCCCGGGCUACAAGGUGAAGGUAACGGGUCUGAACCCCAAGACAAAGUACAUCUUGCUGAUGGACGUGGUGCCCGCCGACGACCACCGCUACAAGUUCGCGGACAACAAGUGGUCGAUGACGGGGAAGGCCGAGCCGGCCAUGCCCGGGCGGCUGUACGUCCACCCGGACUCGCCCGCCACGGGGGUCCACUGGAGCCGCCAGCUCGUCUCCUUCCAGAAGCUCAAGCUGACCAACAACCAUCUGGACCCCUUCGGACACAUCAUUCUGAACUCGAUGCAUAAGUACCAGCCGCGGCUGCACGUGGUGAAGGCAGACGAGAACAACGGCUUCGGCUCCAAGAACACAGCGUUCUGCACGCGCUCCUUCCCUGAAACGGCCUUCAUCGCCGUGACGUCAUACCAGAACCACAAGAUCACGCAGCUGAAGAUCGAGAACAACCCGUUUGCGAAGGGCUUCAGAGGCAGCGACGACAUGGAGCUUCACCGCAUGGCCAAGCUGCAGGGUAAAGACUACCCGGUGGUUCCCCGCACGGCAGCCCGGCCCCGGGUGUGUUCCAGCGGGAGCCCCUACCAGGGCGAGCCCCGGGCCCUCCAGGGGUCCCCGGGGGGCCCCCGCUCCCCGUACCCCUGUGAGGGCCGGCCCCGGGGCCCCCCAGCCCACUACGCUGCCCCCCAACACCUACAGCACGGCCAGCAGGCCUACCACGGCUCCAAGAGGAAAGAGCUCAUAGCUGAGAACUGGAGCCUUUUCAAACGGGAUUCCUUCAGCCGCUCUGCGCUCCAUCUAGAAGUUAUUCUAAACCAGCCUGUCAGCUCCAUCUAG